CCCCUAUCGUUUGCAAUGAGUUUUUCGUUCGUUUACCCCACGAAAUUCGGUACGAAUUUCCAGUAUAAAUUUGACCGUUCCGAAGCGAAGCACGGGGAGUUGAAAAUCACGAUCAUGUUUAGGACGAAAUGCAAGGAACACGACCACUCAUCUUUUUACCAAUUCUUGCAGAUGGAGCACAGUCAAAAAAAUACCGACUGCUACUUUUUCUACUAUUCGACAUGUUUAAAGGGUGACGCUUGUGCAUUUAGACAUGAGCCCUCUGCCUUGGGUUGUGAGACGAUGUGCUCGUACUGGCAAUCGGGGAACUGUCUCAACGAGCAUUGCAACUUCAGACACAUGGAACUUAAGAAAAAUCGCAAAUCGAUUGCAUGCUACUGGGAGACGCAACCGGGUGGAUGUAGAAAACCUCAUUGCUGUUUCAUGCACAAGAAUGCUCGCGGCCCAGCAACAGCCGAGCCAAUUAAUCCUGGCAGAAACAAUGAGCUGACUGCAAAGCCUGUUAAUCAAGAAUGGUCCAACCGUCAGGAUGAUGGCAAGUACGAUUCGGAUCCACGCACUACGCUCGAUGGAAGCAGCACUGAAUCUGAUCAAGGCCGCGGAGGCAGCGAAGCUGGAAGCUUCAUUGGCAGUCCGGCUGUCGACCCUCUUGUCGUCAACUUCGAGGAAGAGUCAGACAAUGAAAGCGUACCGUCGCCAACAAAGCCGCAAUUGCGAAUGCUACACGUUAAGACCCUCGAAGAGAUCAAACUUGAAAGAAUCCAGGCGGAGAGUGCGGCUUACUACAAUUACACAACCGAAGAAACCGCCGGUGAUUGCAACGUUCCGAUGGUCGAGAUCGGGGCCGGAGGCGGAGGCGGAGGAGUCGGCUCGUCAACCCUCGAACGGAACCUUCGCAACAGGUUGGCUAACCGGCUGACCGCCAGAUCUUCGAGCCUCAAGACGAACUUGGACUUCCAGGUCCUGUCUCUCGACGAGAUACGGAAACGGAGGCGGAGGAUGGCGCCCUCGUCGCCGGCGGAUAUCCCGUCGGGAACGAAGGUUCCUCGCCUCGCGGACGACGCCUCGUCCUCCGCCGAGUCUCGAACAGCGGGGAAAACGAACGAUCGUAACUGCUGCAGCGAUUCGGAGACUGAGAAAUCCGACCCUGCAAACCGGUGGCCGAGGACAGCCGUGACGGCGACGGCGCCGCCGGUCAGACUUCGUCGGGCGAACCGGACGACGCCGAUGGAAACGUCGUCGUCUAGGAGAAAAGUAACCCGAUAUAACUCCGGUGAAAUUAUCCAGGAGCAACCGGAAAUGACGAGCAGCGACAGCAGCCAGGAUGCUGCCGUCGUUCCUGACCGACUUACCCUCGUCGCUUCCAGGCCUUCCCUUUCGGCGAGAAACGAAAGGAAUCAGAUCAAGAUGGACGAGGAGGAGGAUGAGGAGGAGGAGGAAGAGGAGGUGGAAGAUCACGCCGCCGCGACCCGGCUGGGGGACCAAAAUGGCAUUUCUGUCCCGGAGGAGGGACUUUUUAACGGAAAUUCGGCACCGAGGAAUUCGGUUUUACGCAGUAUUUCGGAGGACGAUUAUUUGAUGAUGGACGUUAACUCCGCCGUCGAUCAAUCCGUAUCAGCUGCCGGGGCUGAGGAUAUUUUACAAGACAUAGACGAGCUGCUCAACGAUUGACUUCCCAUCGUUUAGAAAAUGUUGGACGAGAGUAAUCUGUGUCCCUGCCUAGGUACCGGUGUAUUGUACAAAUAUCCCUCUUGACUUACACAAAUCGGAAAUCUGAUAAGGUCAUGAGAAACUGAGAGAGAAGAAAGAAGAGAGAUUGGGGAAAAUUUCGUCUCUCAAGUCCGUUGUCGAAACCAAUACGUUGGUUGUUUGUUUGUUUUUUUUUUCUUUUUGUUUGUUGUUUUCCCUUUUUUUUUUUUUCAUCGUUGAAGAAUAAUGGUGUAAUCAUAUUCGUCUAUUUUUGUAUUAUUUUUUUUUCUCUUAUUGCUGCCUUUUGUUCUUUACUUGUCGUUCAAACUCACAUGUGCGUCGAGACUUUGUGUUGUUUCAUUUGACUCAUUUGUCCGUGUAAUAUUAAACCUGUAAGUUUUGUUAUUAUAUUAUACGUUUGUAAAUGUAGUGUACGGCUCACUCACCAAUUUACCCAAUGCAAAGAGAAAGAAAAAGUAAGACUCGACAAUCUGUUGGAAACGUUGUUAUAUUCGGAGCCAUCGCGCUGUUGUUUCAAUGAUUAUUUCUUCUUUUUUCUUCUUCUCUAUUUGCUAAUAAUAUACGUAUACCAUACCUAUAUUUAUCGGAUAGUUCGGAAAUUAGGCAAAAAAAGAAGAGUAAAGUAUAAGUUGACAAUUCAAUUAAAUUGAAUCG